AACAAUCAAGAGACAAGAGACAAGUUCAGUUGAAACUUUAACAUACAUACUUGACGGUGGCGACGGCUUUUAGCAUAGACUUUUUAUAUGAAUGCAAUAGUGAGUUCCGCAUUAGUUUCUAAAGAAACGUGUAGCUAAACAAUUCAAACGAGUUCUUGAGGCGCAGCUUAAAAGUACAGAAUACCAUUUUGGUUAAGUUUGGGUACUACAGUGUCGAGACGAGUGGAAUUGCGGUGAAAAAAGUGGAAUAAAAAAAAGCGAAAGCCAAAAAGCAAGUCAACUACAUAACUUGAAGCAGUUGCAGAGGAAUUCUUGUGUGUAGACGACGGCUGGCGUGUUGAUUUUGUUUUCAAUGACAGCACAACAGUGAAACGAAAUUACACAAAAUUCCUCUACGCUUCCAUGGCAUAAUAAACUUAAAAGUGUUUAUUUACAGAAAGUGAGAGAAAAUUGCUUUGUACAUAAGUAUAGUUGCGCAUUUUGAAGAAAAUAAAAAACGUAUCUUCUCUCAGAAAAAAAAACCUAAUACAUAUUUUAUUUGCAAUUCUUUCUAUGUGACAAAGUGAAAUCAUUAUUUUGCAAUUCAACGCAAAAGCUGAAAGUCAAACAAAGCAAACAAUUAAGGCGAAUUUAAUGUGUGGCAAAGCAGAAAAUCAGAGCAAAGCAUAAAUGUAGAUAAAAACACAAAGGAGAUAUGCCCACAUGUACAACAUAUGUAUUGAUUUCAGAAAACAAAAACAAUUAAAAAGUUUUUAAUAACCAAAACAAAAGCGAAAAAAUCGAUUACCACCGUGAAAGUGAAAAACACAUCGAGAAACGGCAAAACAUAUAGAAGCCUAAUCGAGCACGUUUAACAAUUUAAUUUUUUAUGCUCCAAUAGCCAAGUGUGCACGCACUUGAAGUACUUACAUAGGCAUACUUAUGUACUUAUUUAUGCAUACAUAUGUACAUACAUAGCCACAUUAAAAAUAUUCUACACGCGAUUUACAAACCAAAAGCGCAAGUACCUUAGAGCAUACUCGUAUAUACUCGUCCGUAUGUACAUAUAAGGAAUCAACUAUAUCGACUAUUUUGCACAUAAACGCCAUAUACGCUUGACUAUCAAAAUGUCCAGCAUACCAAAUAUCACAGAUGCACAGGAAACUGCCUUGAAGCAGUUUCGCAAAAGCGUUUCCGAUGUUCUCAACGAUACACAUGAUGAUUACUUUCUUCUACGUUGGCUGCGUGCACGCAAAUGGAAUCCAGAGGCGGCCGAGCAUAUGUUACGAGCGAGUUUGAAGACACGAGCCACGUGGAAUGUGGACAACUUGGAGAAAUGGGAUGCGCCACGUGCUCUCAGGGAAUAUAUGCCGUAUGGAUUGAUUGGUUACGAUAACGAGGGAUCGCCAAUUAUUGUUUGUCCAUUCUACAAAUUCGAUAUUUGGGGUAUGCUACACUGUGUCACACGUUUCGACUUCCAACGUUACUUGGUCUUACUAUUGGAACGUUUUAUGCAAGCUGGAUAUGAACAAAGCAAAACAUAUGGACCACAAGCUCGACAAUUGGUAGUCUUUUUCGAUAUGGCUGAUUCCAAUUUGAAGCAAUAUGCAUGGCGGCCAGCGGCCGAGUGUGUUCUAUCAACGGUCAAAGAGUACGAGAGCAAUUAUCCUGAGUUGCUGAAAAUGUGCUAUAUUGUCAAUGCACCCAAACUCUUCUCGGUUGCUUUCAACUUUGUGAAAAAGUUCCUGGACGAAUACACAAUGAGCAAAAUCAAAAUCUAUAAAAAUGGCUGCGAUAAAUGGAAGGAGCCCUUAUUCUCCCAUGUGAAUCCUGAUAUAUUUCCAAAAUGUUUUGGUGGAAAUUAUGUCGACGAGAAUGGAGAUCCAGAAUGCAAAUCGAAGAUCAUUUGGGCUGGUAAAAUUCCUCAAGAUAUGUUUGUAGAACACGGCAGUGGCAGUGACGACAACGAUAAAGACUAUAACGAGGCGACAAUAAGUAAGGGUAACAAGCUCAAGCUGGACUUUCAUGUGACCGAAACGAAACAAGAAAACCUAAUGCUAUCGUGGGACUUUCGCACAUUCGACUAUGACAUCAAAUUCGGUAUAUACAGCAUUGACAAGACGACUGGUGAAAAACGCAGCGAAGUGGCGCUUGGUACCGUCUAUUCCAAUGAAAUGGACGAGGUGGGCUUCAUCUCCACAAGAGCCAAUACGACAUAUACGGUGGUUUUCGACAACUCACACAGCUAUUUGCGCAGCAAACGUUUACGUUAUUGUGUGAAUCUAAUCUCUGAAAUUGAUGAUAUUACAGAGCUCUCGGCGCAAGUACAACAUACUGAUUUAGUAGAAAAAAAUGGCGAUUAAGGCGUUUUACUUACUUAAAAGGGCGAACAAUAUGAUCAAAGGAUCGAUGUGAAUGUGAUAAGCAGAAGUUAAUGAAUGC